AUGACUGCGGCUGUAUUCAUUGGGUGCAGCUUCAUCGCCUUCGGGCCGGCACUGGCCCUGUGCGUCUGCACCAUGCCGCUGCGCCUUGUCUUCCUCAUCGCUGGGUUCUCUUGUGUGUUUGUGUGUGUUCUUUGCAUAGUGUCUGGCCUGGGUUUUGCGAUCAUGAGUGGAGUAUUUUCUCUUGUGAAUAUCCUGACUGACUCCUUGGGACCAGGCACAGUGGGUAUUUAUGGAGAUUCUCCUCAGUACUUCCUGUCUUCUGCAUUCAUGACUUUGGCCAUUGUUCUGCUGCACGUAUUUUGGGGCAUUGCAUUUUUUGAUGCUUGUGAAAAGAAGAAGUGGUGGGCGCUGGCACUAGUCAUCCUGAGCCAUUUGCUGGUAUCAGGUCUGACUUUCCUGAAUCCUCAGUAUGAAGGCAGCCUAGUGCCAUCUUAUAUUAUCAUGAUGCUUAUGGUUACCUGGGCUUUCUUCACUGCUGGUGGCUCCCUUAGAAAUCUGAAACUGCGUCUGAUGUGCAGAGACAAGGACUUCCUUCUAGGCAACCAGCACCCCAGAUAACCUCUAAGCAUCUGGAUUUUACCCAUCCAUCUCUCUACAUGUGCUUUCACUAAACAACUGGUGCCUUCUUGACCUUUCUUGAAUGCAAAGUUGAGAUAUAUAUGUACUCCUGUGUAACUUGGCUUCUUUCAGGCAGCUGUCUGAACUGCAUAUGUGAGUGAAAUCUCCUUAAGAGUACCCCAAAAUUAAACAGUUUACAUGUUAGCUGCUGCUUUGUGCACCAAGUUUGGGCUGAGUUACUAGAACAAAUGAACACAUAUCAAACAUGGAUAGACUAGAUUUAAAGCUAAAAGGCUAUCUGCUAACUUCGAAUUGCACAUCCACUUUGCUAUGGAAUUAAUAAAGAUAACAUUUUAUUGUGCCACAGUGAACUUCUCAAUGCAAUAAUGAAAAAACACAAUUUUCUGAUGGUGUUUUAGCCAAAGUUAAGAUGUUUCCUAUUUUAAAAAGCUAUAAUAUUUAAUAGUUAGGCUUUUUGAAUUGUUAAAAUAUGUUUUAGAGCAUAGGGCAAUAACGUCUCUGUGUAAAUAUUAGAAAUAUCCCUUCAGGACUAUGUUGUUUGUAUAGUAGAGAUGACACACAAAGGACCAUAACUUUUUCUGACUCCUGAAAAUGUACUCAGGGUAUGUCUACACUACAAAAUUAGGUCGAUUUUAUUUAAGUUGACACUGAGCCUCCGUUUUAAGCAAGUCGAUUCUGCGUGCCUCACUAUGCACAUUGUGUCAACGGAGCGCAUCCUCACUAGCAGGGCUUGCAUCAACUCAAGGAGCGCUGCACUGUGGGUAGCUAUGCCAUGGUGCAUGGACCCGAAUGGAAUGUUGGGUUGGGCUUGCAGUGCCUCAUAGGACCAAAACAUUUGCACAGGUGGCUAUGGGAACAUGGCAUUAGCCUCCCAUGACGCACUUACCUCCCUCCCUGAAAUCAAUAGCAAACAAAUCAAGCCUUUUUUCCUAAGCCUGAGUUACCUGUGCAGACUCCAUAGCACAGCAAGCAUGGACCCCACUGAGCUGUACACUGUUGUGAGUAUUACAAACACUUCAUGCCUUAUCCUGCAGUAUUUGCUCAGCCAAAGCAGGAGCCGCCGUGCAGAACAACGUGAUGUCACUCAAGCAGCCCUGCUUGAAGCCAUGGAAUGGAGCAAUUCGCAGCUGCUGGUGACAGUUGUGUAUCAUCUUGACACGGUGGAGUGCUGCUUCUGGGCCCGGGAAACAAGCACUAACUGGUGGGACCACAUAGUUAUGCAGCUAUGGGAUGACAAGCAGUGGAUGGAGAACUUUUGAAUGUGCAAGGCCACUUUCAUGGAACUGUGCGAAGAGCUUUC